UUCAUCUCGAACCAGGUAGACUACCAGUUCGAGAAAGGACUACUUUAUUCAAUCCCGAUGACGAUAACCCAUCACUAGAGCUUCUCAUGACACCUGUGUAUCGCACGAUACAGGCGAUGGACUUUAUCCUUCGCGCCGCCGAAUGGAAGAAGACAUCAUGCUUCAGAGUGGGUGAUUGAGACAGAACAGAGAUCUAAGGGAUCAGCAAAAGCAAGUCUCUCGUCGUACUACCUAUGGCGAGUCGCGUUCACGCAAUCAACCGAUAUUUUUCAUCCUAAUGCUCGGGAGUAGAAAGUUGGGCACUCUUAUACAUUUUCAAAUUUGCUUAUCACCGACCGCGAUGUGUUCGACUGCAUUCACUGCAAUACAAUUCAGUCUUUUACUAACAUUUGCUAUCCAUCUCUCUGACAACUCGAAGGAAUUACUCACUUUUCUAGCUUCUAUUAUCUCAUCAAGGAUAUCAGAGGCCCACCAUUUAACUCCCUACGUCGCAUGGCAGUCGAUCACCCUGAAGUUGCUAACCAACUACCCCACCCGUUUCAACGGCUAACGACAAUUUAUACCGGUGACCCAAGGGGAAACAAGUAGGUUAUCCACAAAAACAUCUGUGCUAUAGUUAUAUAGCAAGUCGCAACAAAUAUUAUAGCGGACUAGCCGGAAAGGAAUAUUUCUAGUGGAUAUGCCCGUAUAGUUUGCUUGUUUGCUAAUGGAUAUAUGAUCAAACUGCUGCAGCUGUCUCUCCCAUGUUUCUUUGAUCUUGUUCAUUGUUCUUCUUUCAGAGUGUUCAUUUUAUCGUUCAUUGCGUGCCCGGUGACGAGGUGAAACCAAAAGCCAAAGUUGUAUGGUAUCCGGCAAUUUCGUGUGCAAACACGCUCUACAAUAGCCUGGAAACCGAUGAGAACCUGAGAGCUAAU